CGGACAAAAUCGUGAUCGUCGAUGACUCUGGGAUCGCCCGGGACUCGGUGGUGGGCCCGUACAUGGAAAGUGACACUCUGCGGCUCUACUGCGACGUGUACGGCGGUAAACCGGCGCCGACGGUGUCCUGGCACCGUAACGACGUGCUCGUCAGCGACAAAACCUUGACCGUACGGGACGGCGUGAUGCGCAGCGAGCUCGUUAUAGAAAAUUUAGGACGGGACGACGUCCGCACCGUGCUGACCUGCAACGCGACCAAUAAUAAUAGGUCGGUCCCGCUCUCGUCGUCCGUUCUGGUGAAAAUGAACUUCAGCCCGCUCGACGUCAAGAUAAUCGGAGCGAACCAACCGCUGUCAGCGGGCAUGAGGUACGAGCUUGUGUGCACGACUUCCGGUUCCAUGCCGCCGGCCACGGUGACCUGGUGGAGGGACGGGCAACGUUUGGAUAGCUCCAAGGAGAUUACCUCCAGCGACGGGAACACGACCACCAGCACCUUGUCUUUCACCGCGUCGAAGACAGACGCCGGCAGAAACCUGUCGUGCCGGGCUGAAAAUCGAAUCAUGAAAACCACGCCGAUAAGGGACGGCUGGGUGCUCGAGAUACAGUACAUACCGGAGACCAGGAUACAACUGGGCGCCUCCUUGAACCCGAACGCGAUACGAGAGGGCACCGACGUUUACUUCGACUGUCUGAUCCAGGCGGAGCCUGCGGUGUACAAGGUGGAAUGGCGGCACCUGGGUGAAACUCUGCACCACAACAUCACGCAGGGUAUCAUUAUCAGUAAUCAGAGCCUGGUGCUGCAGGGCGUCGACCGUAAAAGCGCGGGUAAUUACACCUGCGUCGGUUACAACACCGAAGGACACGGUGAAAGUUCACCGUUCUACCUGAACGUGACGUUUGCACCGACCUGCAAGCCGAACCAAAUGAAGGUCCACGGCGUGGCAAAACAAGAAAAGGCAAACAUAUCCUGCCAAGUGGACGCGAACCCGCCCGAGGUUCAAUUCCGUUGGACCUUCAACAAUUCCGCGGAGAGUAUCGACGUGGCAGCCGGUCAUAUCGCACGGGCCGGCACAUCCUCGAUCGUCUCGUACACGCCCAUGACCGAAUUGGAUUACGGCACGUUGCUCUGCUGGGCGAGCAAUCGGAUUGGACAUCAACAAGUGCCCUGUGUCUAUCACAUCAUACCGGCCGGUCGGCCGGAUAUGGUUCACAAUUGCACCACCUCGAACACAUCGACGAACUCGUUCUCCGUGCGUUGCGCGAAAGGGUUCAACGGCGGGCUGCCGCAGUCCUUCCUAAUGGAGGUGAGGGAGAGCAACAGCCAGGACUUGAAGGCGAGCCUGACGUCAUCCGUGCCCAGCUUCAGCGUGACCAACCUCGAUCCGGGCGCCCUUUACCAGGCCUGCAUCUACGCGUACAACGAUAAAGGGCGCAGCGAGGCGAUGGUCGUGCAGGCCGGUACCCUCAGGCUGCCGGAAAAACAGUUGACGUCCGAGUCGGAGAGACCUCGGCAGAAUAUCAGGCUGAUGCCGAUGUUGAGCGUGACCAUCGGCGUGGUAACCGCGCUGAUCAUUGUCGCGGUGAUCGUGAUGGUCGUGCUCAGAAUUCAGCACACGCAGGUCGACGAGCAGAGCAAGUCCCAGAUGGAGGACCACGACAAACAAACGAAAACGAUCCCGAUCCAGCGAGAGCUGAGGUUCCGCGAGGCAAGCAGUCUGCUCUCGGACGAAAAACAUCCGAGCAGCCCCUUCCGGAAGCUCGAGAGCAGCGGUGACAUAAGCGAAAACGACGAAAAGAACCCGGACAUCAUACCUCAGCAGAUCACCGGGGACGAGCCAUCCGAGUACUUGAGGAAGCGACGCCUGAUCUCGACGAUCGAGACAUCGCCGUCGAGAAGUUUGUUGGAACACUCGACGGUCACUUCCGUCAGCGGUCACGGCAGUUACGUCGGCUAUUGCACCAUUCGCAACGGCAUGCCGCUCCAUGAGUUCUCGAAUCUGGCGACGAAACAUAAAAGCUUUCAGCCAAUAGUGGGGGACGUCUACGAGACCGGUGUUUGCACUCUGCCGAGGCAACACUGGCCGAGCCAGAGCGUCCAAUCGAUGUCGAUGACAAUGAGUCCACCAAUGCUAUACAGCGGGCUAGGCGUUGUUGGCAGGACCUGUCCGAGCGGCAGUCUGCUCGCGAAGGACGUCGAGGCGAGGAUCCCCGGCCAGUGUUGCAUCCAGUCACAGAAGGACGGGAAGAUCAGCACGCCGAUCGUGAUGGCGAAAAGGGAGAGCUCCGUGUGACGAUUCUCCAGGCUGCAGACCAGUGAGGUGUAAUUAUUCCCCGUUCGAAACGCGUCGACCGAAGCGCAUCGCCCACGCAUACGAAUGAACUGUUUUCUCGUCUACGAAUUCGACUUUUACGUCGCGGGCGACGGAGGAGGUCUGGGAAUAUAACUGUUUGUUAUAUAAUCGAUAUUAUAUAAUAAAUACUCUUCUGUCGGCCAUUCGUUGGUCGCAAACUCGGUUCGCACGGUCGUGACUAGACUGCGGAUCCUCGUGCAGAUAUAGAUAUUUAGAGGAUAAUUCUAGAUGAGACGAAUCCUUCCGAGGAUUUUACUGGGUUCACCGUUGAACGAGGAUUUCGUUAAAUUUUAUGGGAAGCUACGAAUCCGCAGUCGUGAUCAUGGUUCCGUGAUAAUGGCUGGGAAAUCUUGGUUGUUGCGGAAGUCUUUAUCGGCGAAUGUGACGAAACUGAGGCAAAGGGAACUUUAUUGUUCUUAUUGAUUUCAGUAGCUAGGUGUUAUGAAACAAGAGACAAAUUGUGUUGAGGAUUCUAUAAUAGUAUGUUAAUUCAUCGCGUACCGUUUCAAACGGUCCUACGCGAAGUUCAAUAUACAUAACAGAAGAUAUCAACAAAAUCUAAGAACACUGCGCGACUAAUAACAUUUCCACCGAUUGUUUCGUCUUUCCGUGAAAAUUCGUCGUUUCUUCGGUCGCAUCACGAUCUCCCCAGCCGCCCAGCGUAUUAUUCGAAGUCCAAGACCUCCGACGCGUUCUCAGCCACGAAUCCAAAGACAAGCGAUCGCUUCCGAACGAGCUAGUUUUCUUCCCAGCGACGGUGUUCGCGUUUUCCGUUUUUCUGUUCGAUCAAGUGCCCUUUUUACAUUGAACGGACGAUCCUCGAGGUUUGCGAGCGUCAGAGUGACGAGAACGAAACGGGAGGACGUAGAGGAAACGAGACGAGAGCGAGGUGAAAACUGGAAUAGAAAGAGAAAGCGGAAAAAAUAGAGGCGGGAAUGGAAAGAUGAAACGAGCCGUGUACUAUCCGUGCGUCGCGAAGCUGCGUGUGUACUAAUAGAACGAAUAAAUAUAAUAAAUAAAUAACUUAUACAUAAA